UUUCCGCUUCGCAGUUUGUCCUAGUCGGUGCCGCCGUCUUUCCGCUCCCAUUUUAAAAACGCUGUAUUCUGGACAAGAUGGCGUCCGCAACGAGUCGCUACUACAGUGAGGGCGGGAGAGCCACGAAAAGGCAGAAGACGGACAGCGACGGGAUGACCACGGAGGUUUAUGAGGACCCUCAUAAGCCCCUGCCGUCUCUGGUGGUGCACAUUCGCGGUCUGGUGGACGGCAUUACCGAGUCUGACCUGGUGGAGGCGCUGCGGGAGUUCGGCACGAUCAGCUACGUUGUACUGAUGCCGAACAAGCGCCAGGCGCUGGUGGAGUACGAGGACAUGGGCGGCUCGUGCAACGCCGUGACGUACGCCAACGACAACCAGGUGUACAUCGCCGGCCGCCCGUGCUACAUCAACUACUCCACCAGUCAGAAGAUCUCUCGGCCCGGCGACUCCGGAGACGCCCCGAGCGUCAACCACAUCCUGCUCUUCACCAUCAUGAACCCCAUCUACCCUAUUACCUCAGAUGUCUUGUACACUAUCUGUAAUAACUGUGGGCCCGUGCAGAGGAUCGUCAUCUUCAGGAAGAACGGCGUCCAGGCUAUGGUGGAGUUCGAUUCGGUCCAGAGCGCUCAGAGAGCUAAAGCGUCACUUAAUGGAGCUGAUAUCUACUCCGGAUGCUGCACUCUCAAAAUCGAGUACGCAAAGCCGACUCGACUUAACGUGUUCAAGAACGAUCAGGACACUUGGGAUUACACCAACCCGACUCUGAGCGGCCAAGAUGCUGAUUCAGACGGCAAUUGGAACAGUUCUCAAGACCCCACAACAAACCCAAACAAGCGCCAGAGGCAGCCAGCUCUGCUUGGAGACCACCCAGCCGAAUAUGGCGGUCCUCAGAGCGGUUACGGUCACUAUGACGAAACGUACGGCCCCCCUCCCCCGCACUAUGAGGGCCGGGGGAUGAGGCCACCUCUGGCCCGCACACGCGGCGGUCCUCGCUACGGGGGCCCACAGUACGGUCACGGCCCUCCUCCCGAUUACGCCGCUCAAGCCGACUCUCCAGUCAUCAUGGUUUACGGCCUCGACUCCUUUAAGAUCAACGCCGAGCGCAUUUUUAACAUCUUCUGUCUUUAUGGCAACGUCGAGAGGGUGAAGUUUAUGAAGAGUAAGCCUGGCGCUGCCAUGGUAGAGAUGGGGGACUGUUACGCAGUAGAGAGAGCCAUCUCGCAUCUUAACCACACCAUGCUCUUCGGACAGAAACUCAACAUCUGCGUGUCGAAGCAGCAGGCUAUAAUUCCCGGUCAGUCCUACCAGCUGGAGGACGGCAGCACCAGUUUUAAGGAUUUCCACGGCAGCAGGAACAACCGCUUCAGCACCGCUGAACAGGCGGCCAAGAACCGCAUCCAGCGGCCCAGCAACGUCCUGCACUUCUUUAAUGGCCAACCGGACAGCUCAACCGAGAUUUUCGCUCAGAUCUCUGAAGAGCUCGGGAUUAAGGCCCCGAACAGCGUUAAACUUUUUACUGGUAAAAGUGAGAGGAGUGCGUCUGGUCUGCUGGAAUGGGAGUCGGUCAACGACGCCAUGGAAGCUCUUGCUGUAAUGAACCACUACCAAAUGAAAAACCCUACCGGACCGUAUCCCUUUACCCUCAAGCUGUGCUUCUCAACGGCCCAGAAUGCUAACUGAACCUUCGACCUCUUUCACGAUACACGUUUUUCUUUUUUUGUACAAACCUAGUGUUUUUUGUUCCUAUGUGAUUUCUUUUUUUAUUAUUGUUAAGCUCCUAUUUUUCCUGCCUUGUAUAUUAAGAAAGGCAAUUAAAAUGUGAUUUUUGUUCUCUGAAUAAAAGUCUUUAAUAAACCCUGUAGGAAAUUAUUUGCUUCUUAAUUCUAUGUUCAUGCUCUCAAUAGCUUUUUGUAGACAUACUAAGAUAUUGUGACGUGACUAAUCCUGUUUACAUUGCUGUUUUGUGAUAUCAAGGUGUGUUCCCCAGCAGUAAAUAAACAGUCACAUGUCU